CUCGAAAGCAGAAUACAAGUACUCCAAUUUCUAUUUCACUUGCCGACAAUCAGACCACAAUGGCAUCGAACAUCCAAGUGACCACCCCGUCCAUCAAAGACACUACGAAAUUGGAGCGGAUCGGAACCCACUCGCACAUUACGGGUUUAGGGAUCAGUGAGACGCUCGAAGAUUUGUCCGGUGCUGCCACCGGCGGGAAUCCUUCCUCCUUGCGGUCCUCCUCUUCUUCAACUCCCGGAAGCGGCUUGAUAGGACAGGUCAAGGCUCGAAAAGCGAUGGGGCUGGUCUACAAGCUUAUCCAGCACGGGAAGAUUGGGGGUCGGGCUAUUUUGUUGGCGGGUCCUCCUUCGUCUGGAAAGACGGCGCUGGCAAUGGGUUUGGCCCAACAGCUGGGAAGCGAUGGAAACAAUAGCAAGAGCGACACCGAUUCUUCCAACGAUGUCCCUUUCUGCAGUUUGAGUGCUACCGAGAUUUUCAGUUUAGAGGUGAGCAAAACGGAGGCUCUGACGCAAGCCAUUCGUCGGUCCAUGGGAGUACGAAUUGUCGAAGAGCAAGAAGUGAUGGAGGGAGAAGUUGUCGAGAUCCAGAUCGAUACACUUGCGGGAGGAGGUGGCAAGGUCGGAAAGACCGGUCGCUUGACUCUUUGCACGACCGAUAUGGAAACUAUUUAUGAUCUGGGAACCAAAAUGAUCGAACGAUUGACGCAAGAACGUGUCACUGCGGGAGAUGUAAUUCGAAUCGACAAAGCGACGGGGAAAAUAUCCAAACUGGGACGAUCCGUUUCCCGCUCGAGAGACUACGAUGCCAUGGGAUCCAAUACUAAGUUCGUCCAAUGUCCCGAGGGAGAGCUGCAAAAACGGACUACGGUCACCCACACGGUGACACUUCACGAGAUCGACGUUAUCAACUCGAGGCAGCAGGGAUUCAUGGCCUUGUUUACGGGUGAUACAGGAGAAAUAUCGGAAACCGUUCGCAAUCAGAUCGAUGCGAAAGUCGAUGAAUGGAAGACGGAGGGCCGAGCGACCCUGGUUCCGGGGGUCUUGUUCAUUGACGAGGUGCACAUGCUCGACAUGGAUUGCUUUUCCUUUUUGAAUCGUGCCAUGGAGUCCGACCUCUGUCCGAUCGUGAUCCUCGCCACAAAUCGUGGAAUUGCGGCCAUCCGGGGAACGAACUUCCGCGGCCCCCACGGCAUUCCCCUCGAUCUACUGGAUCGGCUCUUGAUCAUUCCGACGAUCCCCUAUUCGAUCGACGAGUUGCGGGGGAUUCUUCGGGUUCGGUGCACGGAAGAAAACGUCGACAUGACCGACGAUGCCCUCGAACUCCUGACGCGGAUCGCCAACGAAACAACCCUGCGAUACGCCAUACAAAUGAUAACGACCUCCUUCCUGGUUGCGAAAAAACGAAAGUCGAAACAAGUGCAGGUUGCACACAUCGAACGGUGCCACAAAUUAUUCUUUGAUGUGCAACGAUCAACUAGGUUCAUCAUGGAAUACCAAGACCAGUUCUUGUUCCACGAGCUGGAAGACGAUCAAAAACAUUCUGGAGCAACGAAGGUGGAAGAGACGAAGGAAAACAAGAUGGAGGAAUAAAGAGAAUACAAAAGCGUAGACUAU